AUGUCUGUGGAACACAACGUGACCAAGGUUCUGUUGGAAUGGAUCAACAGCUUCUCCCUGGGCAAAACACUUCGCGGCCCGGAGGAAUUGACUGACGGAAUAAUCCUAUGGGAGAUCCUCCAAGAUAUCGAUCCACAAUACUUCCUCGACGAGAUCCCCGAGCGCAACCCCGAAAACCACUGGGUGGUCAAAUGGCAGAAUUUAAAACAUGUCCACAAGCUUCUAUUGAGCUAUAUCCGACACCAGAAUGACGACUCGCUGCCAUCCGGCCUCGACCCUUCCCCAGACCUCGAAGCCAUCGCGGAGAAAGCUUCUUCCAAAGAAACAAAUAAGCUGCUGAAACUCCUGUUGAUCGCAGCCAUCAGCUCACCCAACGCGGAGACAUAUGUGCAGACGCUCCAGGGAUUGACCACUUCCACCCAGGAGGGUCUCAAGGAUAUCAUUGAGGAGGCACACAAUGGCCAGUAUGAGCCUAUGCAUGCGGCAGACGAACUCCGCGAGGAUCUGGCGAAGCGAGAUCACCCGGUAGAUCUGGAGCUGCAAUUCGAGGAGCGGGUCGGGAAAGUGCUUGCGGAGAAUGAUCGUCUAUCACACGAGAAAAAGGAAUUGGAGAAGGCACUGGAGGACCUACACAAUCGAUUGGCACGCUUACAGGAGAACAAUGAUACCCUUCAAAAUCGACUGGCUUCCACCGAGGAUCGUUUGGUAACCUUGAAGUCGGGGAAGGGCGAUUUGGGGUUUAAUGCCAAGGCAUUGGAGAGCAAGACUCGACAACAGGAUGAUCUCAUCGCAUCUCAAGAGGCCAAGCUCACCGCCGCCCAAGAUGAAGUUGAUAGUCUCCGCAUGACCGUCGAAUCCUUGAAGGUCAAGAAUCAAAGAUAUCAAAAGUUACAAGAUGAUUAUGAUGAGCUUCGCACAGACAGAGAUCAGUUGGCACGCAAGGCGAAUGCAGCUGAGAAAUACCGCCAGAAGCUCCAAGCGAGCCAGGACUUUGAGAAGGAGAAUCAGACCCUUAAGAACCAGAUCAAAGAUCUCCAGCAACAGCUGAAGGAGUCCGACUCGCAGCAACGUUGGACCUCAGAGCAUGAUGUGGAGCUGGAGGAAUACCGCAAACUCCUUCCCCGCAUUGAGCAGGAGUGCAAUGAGAUCCAAAAUCUCAAAAAGCAGCUUGAAUUCAACAACCACGCGCUCACUGAACGACUUGAAAGUGCCGAUGAACAACAUGAGAGAGACGAUGCCUUGAUCAGUGAACUGCGAGAACGCCUUCGAGAGUUGGAGGGCCUACCCGGCAGUCCUUCGCCAGGUUCUGAGACACCCAAGAUGCAAGGCACACUGUCCAAAGACUUCGAAUCCAUGAGCCUAAAGGACUCUCAGAUUAAAUCCGACAAUGACGAUUUGAAGCGAGACGUAGAAUCAGUGAAGGCACCGUCUGCUCCGGGAUCGCAUACAGAGGCCUUUUCCGAGAACUUUCACACAUCUGUGCAACUCGCCCGCUCUAACUCCACGCAAAGGUAUAUUGGCCCAAUAUUCCGUUCUCAAAUUAUCGCUAACAACACACGAAGCGAUGAAUACUGGAAAUUGUAUGAAACAUAUACCGGCACAUUGAAAAGACUUGCCGAGAUCCAGGAUAGUCUGGAAAACACCAAAAAGGACCUGUCUGGCGCACAGACCCAAAUCCGUUUGAUCGACAUGGAGAAAGCAGACAUGUUACGUGCACUUGAAGAGCAUAACUCUGCCGAGUUAGCCAAGCUUCGCGGCGACUGGGGUAAUCUCACCCAGAAUAUACACCAUCUAGAAGCGGAAGUGGAUGCUAGCCAAACCUUGGUCCGUGAAGUCUGCGCUGAACGAGAGGAGCUACGCAAGAUGCUCGAUAAUAAGCAAAACGAAAUUAGCGUGGAAGACCAGGAGGUCAUGAAUGAGAUGCAAAUGCUGUUAGGUGAAUUCGAGAUCCAUAACAGCGAGGGUGGUGAAAUUCCUCAGAAAUCAAGCUUCGAGCUGCUAAAACAGUGUGCCGGAGUAUUGGAGAAAAAUAUUGAGCGUCUCGCUCAGCGUGCGGAGUAUAUCCAGCAGCAGAACGAACUCAUCAAGUCACUUCGAGAAAGCAUGAAAAACUAUGAAGAGAAUCUGGACGAUGGCAUCCCCAGAGAACGUGAAAUUGAACUCCAAAAAAUCAUUGAUGAUCAAGCCAGAGAGCUCAGCCUUGUGAGCUCGGCCUGGUACCAUCUCCAAAGCCGAUGGCAGAAUAACAACAUGACCAUCUCACGCUAUCGACAAGGGGCAAGUAUGACGGACCCACGAGGCUGGCUGGCUAAGCAAAGAAGUGUGGUUGCUGGCCAAUAG